UGUUUUAACGUUGACAUUACAUGCUAAUUCAUGUGUUUGUGUUUAUUUACGCUAACUAACUAAGUUUUUGUUUAGCUAAUUAGCAUACCGUUAGCUACAUGAGCGUCUCCUGCGCCAUGCUGGAGGAACCAGAGAGCAGAGAACCCUCUCUGUUUGAUCCGUCUCUUAACAGCCACAGACCCGCAUCAGGGAAGUCACAGGACAUUUCUCACGUGUUGGCGAGCACCUUCAAGGACCUUUACACUAAAGACAUCAUUGGGAAAGACACUUUGUCCAACCUCAUCAAGACAAAGAAUGGACGCAGCAGCUACCAUGACAGAUAUGUGGAAGAGCUUCAACAGGCUCAUUCUGAAUACAGCCAGCGUAUAAAAGAGGCGGACAUGUUGGAGAGUCAUAUAAUCCAGGCCAGAGCUCGGGCUGCAGCCACAGAGAGGCAGGCCUACGAGAGGAUGAGGGAGAGGAUGGGAGACAUUAUCGAUCAACAGGGCCUCCUCACAGUCCAAUCUGCCUUUUCCUGGUGCGUGGACAAAGACCUUCUCGAAAUGAACAACCUCAUUUCCCCCCAGGACUACUUACCUACACAAAAACCACAUGUGGAAGCACCGGCAGCAAUAAAAUCAAAUCCUGGCAAACCCACCCUCUCCUACGCCAUGCACGUGUCCAAGGAGCCUCAGGAUGAUGGUUACACUUUAAUUCCCAGUCCAGAGAAGAUCCUUCUGGGCGAAUCAGAUCUCAGCCUGACUUUUGAAUCAAGCUCAGUCACCCCAACGAGAAGGCAACCAAAAGAGAAGUCCAAACAGACCGUACCCAGACCCAAGUGGAAGGACGAGCCCAGCGCACAGGAUCGAGAAGAGGGACUGGAGAAACUUCAGAAGCUGAAAGAUCGACACAAUUUCCUACGCAAUCCUCGCUUCCUUCCUCCGAGUGCACAGCAGGGGGGCACGUCCCUCGUCCGGCCCAGAACCAAAGUGGGGAAGAAGGAGCGUGAGAAGAGAGGCAUGGAGGAGCAAAGCUCCACUGAUGAUCCUGUGUUCCUAGCUACUCCCUCAGUGGUGGUGUUCACCGACUACACUGUAGGACAGGUAUACGAGACUACACUGGAGCUGAAAAACUUGACGUCUGCCAGCCGUACGGUCCGAGUCAUCCCCCCCAACACUCCUUACUUCUCCAUUGGCCUCGGUGAGCCUUUCCUUUGUCACAGCGGAUCGCACAGCUUCUUUAAA